AUGGAUGAUAGCCAGAGUAGGGUUCAUGAUCUGAAAGUGGAUGUCCCAAUGGAUCAUAAUCAUCAACAACCAUCAGAGCUUCAAGCUUCACCAAUGAGCUGCAGGCAGCCAAGUAGCAGCAGCAGUUGUAGUAGCAAGAACUCAGCAGCUUGUUUAUGCUCGCCAACUUCGCAUGCUGGCUCGUUCCGCUGCAGGCUUCACCGAUCCCCAUCUUCCAUUCAAAGAACCAAAAGCAUGGAUUCUUCUUCUUCAAACCACCACAGUUGA